UUCCAUGAGACGCAAAAUCAUUUCACACAUAAAACGAUUGAUUCAGAUAAGCCGUACGAAUUACAGAAUAUGAAAUUGCUAUUUCUCACUAUAAAAUUACUAAAUACGUCAUAUCUCCCCAAGUUUUCCCUCCAGUGAGGUGGACAAGAAAUUACAGAGGGCGAUUGUUAUAAUUUCCGGAACUAUCGUUCGCUAGUUGAAUAGGCUCUUUUCCUUUCUAAUCUUUCCAAGCUUUCCCCAUGCGCAACUCAAGUUCGAGUCUUCGGCUGCGUUUGAGUUAUUACUCCAACCAAGCUGAGGAUGUAAUUCGAAACAAUUACCGUGAAAUAGCUUACACUAAACGUGGUCCGUGCAUCUAAAAGGAAUCAAUAGGAAAUACAUCGGAUCACGGAGAAUUUCUAAUUGAUAGCGGUAAGUUUUAUUGCCAUAAUUAUCCAAGAAGCGAUCGUGAAAUUGGUACAUCGUGAACUUCAGGGAUCUCCCGUCUUCUAUAGCUGUAUACUUACGGUGAUUCCUGGGAAUGUUUUUGUAUUUUUCAAUCGUCAAGAUCAAUUUUAGGCGAAUGAAUCUCAUUCGAAUCGAUCGUUUGCAGCAGAUGUUCGGUGAUUUAUCGGUAAAAGCAUAUACGCCACUUUGUCAGAUUUAUUAACUGAUUUCCUAAACAUGAAAAGACAUGGGCAGGCGUCCACUGAGAGGUUACAAAUGGACUAUACUAGCCCAUUGCCUAUAAAACGAGCUCGAUUAUCUGACAAUCUGGGGACUCACAUGGAAUCAUCUGAACCUCUAAAAAAGACAAAAGUGGUGCGAAUGAAACAGAGUGUGGCAAACAGUAAUGAUCCGAUGCCAUUUGCAAGAAACAUGAAAUUUGUACCAAACAACGAUAUGAAUAUUUCUAACACGCUCCAACGAUUGAAGCUGAAGACUCCAGAUGGUCGAGAUUUGGGAGAAAUAAAGGUUAAGUUGUUUCCCAAGAAACAAGAAUCAAUCGGUAGCAAAACCAUCGUUUUAAAAAAGCACAGUCUGUUCAACAAAUUUGAAACCUCAUCUGCUGUUUCUAUUUUAAAACCUGUGGAUCAAACUUCACCAAUGUUGGUUAAUCUACCCUGCUUUGAACAGUCGUCACAAUCUGCUGGAACCGUCACAAAAAAUGGGAAUAAGUGUGUAUCGUUUAGUACAGUACGCACUAUACGGCCAAUUGCAGAAAGUGAACCACCAACCAGAGUAUUGAAUGUCAGUCAGCAAAUAAAUCCAGAGCAAGUGUCUACGGCAGUGAAAAAUCCUAAUCCCUCAAUGUACUCAGCACCUGCAUUGUGCAGGCCUAAAGUUUUUGUUCUAAAUGCCCCUAAGCAGAAUCAGGUGCACAGCAUGAACAUUUUAAAUGGACGUGCUAGGAAUUUCACUCCUAUACGACCCAAGCCACAAUCCAAGCUGGUUUCUAACAAUAACCAAUCUCUCAUUGAGGGUCAAAACACCAAUUUGUCGAAUACAGAUACCGUAUUACAUACGAUCAAAUUAAGUAAGGAUGUGACAGGCGCAAAGUCCGUGUCCUUAACAAACCAAUUAAAGUCAAAUACAGGAAAUCAAAAGAGUGAUGCAUUGACUUCUGCCAAACUUGUGGAAUUGACGUCUAACACAACUCACCGAAAAGGUAGAACAACUGUCUAUGAGAUUCCUGAUCAAUGUAUUACUUUGAAAAAGGGAAAACUCUACAACAAUGGUCAAUCCAUGAGCGUUCAUCCCAAGAGAUCUAUUUACAAAAGCAUCGCUCCCAAUACCACCACUCUCCCAGACAAGUCACCAAUUGGAUCCAGGUCUUGGACUAUCAUUAAAACGUAUGGGAAGAAAAGUCCGAAUAGCACAAAAGGUAACGACAACAGCGAAGAAUUACCCACAAGCAACACUGAAUCUCCAACAUCCUCACAGACAAAAAGUGCAGUCCGAAUGGUUGCCAGACCGAAUUCUGAGAGCAUGCCAAAUUCAUCAAAGACUGAACAAAAUACGACUGGCCUAAGUCGAUUCGGGCUCACAUCAGUGCUUCAAGGUAAAACUGGUUCCAACAAUGAUGUUCAAGAAUUUGACGAAAAUUCUGACAGCGAUCAAAACUAUCCUAAAUAUACCAAGGCCGUUUCACUUGAAAAUAUAGACUAUUCGCGGAACCGUAAAAAAGGGUCAACAAAGGCUGGAAGUACGUAUGACGAGGCAACGAAUAUGGAGAUUGAUAAUGACACAAGAAAUGUAGGGAUCCCAGCUCGUGAUUCAAAAUUGUCACAUUCCGAUAGUUGCAUUCGGCAAAAUGACAUGGACUCAACGGCAGCGACGAACCUGCAAGAGAUAGAUAUUAUUCAAAAAGCCUUAAGCACCCUGACCGAUCAAGAUCUUCGCGAAAAGGCUUUAAAAGCUCUUGAACAAUGUGGGAUAGGCAUAAAAAGGAAUGUACCUAUUCCGCCCACGAAAUCUGUAUGUGAUUCUGUAUCGCAAACAACUGUUUUUAGUCUCCUAAAGCCUGACAACUUGGUAGAAUACGAUGUGAACUUUCCGAAUCCGACUACAUUAAAAGUAGUUGAUGGAAAUGAGGCAUCAGUCCGGCAGUUCAACAAUGGCAACUGUGCACCAUUGCCUAAUUUUGAAAACACAGUUUUUGGGUCUAGUUCUUUACCUUAUGUAUCUCAGAUAGAUUUCGAUGACAUCUUAUUGAAAGAUCUGCUCUCAGAACCUCCAGCACCAAAAGUCGCUGCAAUUAAAGAUAUACUUUCCAAGCCAAAUCCGACUAUCGCACCCAUACUCGAUCUGCUGAAACAAGAUUAUGAAGCUGCGACAACAUCGGAUCACAAUGGAAGGAUGGGAAUCCACAGAGCUGUUGUCAGCGGGGACAUGAAGGAAGUUCAAAGACAACUGAUAGUUCUUAAAGCUUUGAAAGAGAGUAUAGACGUGCAAACUGAUGAUGGAAUGACAAGCUUGGAGCUCGCAGUUUCUCAUGAAGUCGACUCAAGUAUAGUGAGACUGCUGCUACGGGAGGGAGCAAAACCUUCGUUCGGAAUGAAACUUCACGAAUCAGCGCUUAUCAUUGCCAGCAGAUUGUCUUCUGACGUUUUACCUGACCUCAUCAGCUCCAUAUAUCAGCCACACCUGCUUAACCUUGUAGAUAUCGAAGGCUUUGCACCUUUACACUAUUGCACUCAAGAGGGGAAUUUUAAUGGAGUCAAGCUGCUCAUUUCUGCAGGUGCUGAUGUCAACUUACGCGACUCAAAAUCUGGGCGAGCCCCGCUCUUCCAUGCGCUUGAACAAGGACAGAUUGAAAUAGCAUUCUAUUUGCUGGACAAUGGUGCAUCACCUAGCAUCACAAAUUUUGCUGGGCAAUCUCCGGCGGCUUUAGUCGACGAGUUCAGAAAUAACCUUUUAUCUGAAAGGAUGAAUCGAGCAGCAAGGUAAGACAUCCAUCUGCAUCGAUUGUCGGAUUCAAAACCUGCGGUUAUACCAGUAGAUCAUGAAUAACUGUCAUUGUGAUUUUUUCCUUCUUACGUUCGGUUCGAAGGUACAAGAAUAUGUGCAACUCAUGCAAUGACUAAUAUUAACUGAAAUAUUCUCUGUUUUUUGGAGUUUGCCAUGUAAUAACUCAAUGAAUUAUCGUGUACAGAAUUGGCAGUUGUAAAUAUCGCACAGAAACUGUGUAAUCUUACAUUUAUUAUUUGAAUUAUACUGACAGUAAUUCAUGAUGGAUCAAAACCUUAGUGGAUUCAAUUGAUCAUUUCGGAUAAUAUAUUACACGAUGUAAUAUCUACCGAUGUCAGUAAAAUUGGUUGACAUUGCCUCGAUGUUUAUAUUGAGAAGACUGCAUGAUUGAAGAUUAGAAAUAUGUUUAAAUAGGUAACUGUAACAGUUUUAAAGCUGGAAUCUGUGAUAUAACAUUUGAGCAAAAAUAGCUCAGUUCAAUUCUACAUAGACAUAUACAGAAAAUUUGUAAAUAAGAUACUACAACUAGUUGCUGGUUGGCAGCUUGUUGUCGAUGAUAAUUGUAAACUUGUGACAUCUAAUAUCACACAUUUCAUAAACGACAAAUGUAUUUAUCUACUACAAAGAGAAGAAGCAGACGGACAAUAGCAUAUUAUAGCAUACCUCUUUACCUUUAAUUUUUGUGUUCAUUUUCAAUGCUUCAUCUACUAUGUUUAUGUUUUAGCAACCAAUCUUACUGAUAACGUUGUGCCUUCGUUUGUUAUCCUUGAAAUUUAG